UUUCAUAAAACGUCAUGAUUUGACGUUUACAUAACCUUUGCACCCAAAACCGUAAUGAUUAUAACCCAAUUUGAAUUAACUUAAUGUAGUGCGAAAUGAUGCAAGGUGCAGCGAAUCGCAGGUUAAACGUUUUACUACGUUGCCUGCAAAAUCCCAACAAGGAAAACCUCUGGCAGAAUGUUAGAACUUACGUUUCCAGUGACACCGUUUCAAUCGGUGGAAUAACGAAGGACGUGAAGAAAGUGAAAUUGCCACAGUAUGUACCAAGGAAGUAUUAUGAUGACAAUGCUGGACAGAGCACUCUGCAUCACCUGAGAUGGAUGAUGCAGAAGGACAUAUUGGGUCAGGAUGUUUUCUUAUUGGGACCUCCAGGACCAAGGAGGAGGAAUUUAGCUAUGCAAUAUUUGGAAUUGACAAAUAGGGAGCAUGAGUAUGUUGCCUUGAGCAGAGACACCACAGAGUCUGAUUUGAAGCAGAGAAGGGAAAUCAUGCAAGGGACAGCUUCUUAUUUUGAUCAAAGUGCUGUGAGGGCUGCAACUGAAGGUAGAGUUUUAAUCUUGGAAGGCAUUGAAAAGGCUGAGAGAAAUGUGUUGCCUGUCUUAAAUAAUCUCCUUGAAAACAGGGAAAUGCAUUUGGAAGAUGGAAGACUAUUAAUACCUGCUGAGAGAUAUGAUAAAUUGCUUGAAAAAUUCAGCAAAGAUGAUUUGGAAAAAUGGAAAUUGGUCAGAGUUGAUGAAGGUUUCAGAGUUAUUGCAUUAGGUUUACCAGUACCAAGAUAUCGUGGAAAUCCUCUAGAUCCACCUCUCAGAUCCAGAUUCCAGGCGAGGGAUGUAAACAUCAAUAAUUACCAGGAAUGGUUACAAGAACUGAAAACCAUAGCUCCUGGAGCUUCCGUUGCGAAAUUGGAACAACUUCUUUCAGCCGCAUUUGGUUUAAUUAGCAAAGAAAGCUCUGCUUUGGGUUUACCAGACUUUCCAAUCGAUAAUCUACCAUUUGCAGCUAAGUUAUUGGAAAAAAAUCCGCGAGUUUCAGUUUACGACAUUCUCUAUCGCAUGUACCCUUACAAAAUAUUCUUAAAAGACGGAUUUAAUUCUAUUGAGAGUCUCUUGGCUAGUUUCCAAGUUAUUCCGGAUAGUGAGCAAAGACUUCCAGCUAAUAACCUUCCACCUGGUAAAGUGAAUUAUGUUGAUGGCGAUUAUCAGAAUCGUUUGAUUGGAGAUAUGCUGGAAAGCAAUUCUGUGGCAGAUUUUUGUAUUAUCGGGCCAAGAGGUUGCGGAAAGAGUAUCCUCGUUGAUAAAAUGGCUGACAUCCUUGGAAAACAAGUGGAGUCUAUUGUUUUAUACCAAGACAUGACCUCUAGGGAGUUGAUCCAACAGAGGACUACCUUAGAAAACGGAGACACGGUUUGGAAAUUUUCUCCAUUAAUCAACGCUGCUUUAGAAGGAAAAAUCGCUGUUUUGGAUGGUUUACACCGAAUUCAUCCUAGUACGCUUUCCGUUCUCCAUAGAUUAGUGCACGAUAGGGAAAUUCAAUUGCACGAUGGUAAAAGGAUGGUUAAUAAUGAACGUUAUGAGAUGUUAAUGAAGGAGUUUAAUCUUACGGAGCAAGAAAUGGUUAACAGUGGUGUAUUGAAGAUUCAUCCCGAUUUCAGGAUUGUUGCUAUUGCUGAGCCACCUACUUUAACUUCAGGUGCAAACUGGCUUUCACCUGAAGUACUUAGUUUAUUUAUAUUCCAUGAAGCUAGGACUCUCAGUAAGCAAGAGGAAAUGAAAAUCAUUACUUCUCAAUAUGGACCAAUUUCAAAGCCUUUGCAUCAAAUUAUUAAUUUGGCGCACGUAUUGCGCGACAGUCCAGAUCCGACGUUGAAAAACCUUUCAGGACAUUUAUCAACUAGGCAACUUUUGAGGAUUGCUUCGAGAAUGCAGAAGUUCCCAACUGAUGAUGCUUACGAUACUAUAGAGAAAACUUUUAUGGCCAAGUUCUUACCUAGUUUGGCUCGAGAAGCUCUAGAGAAAACUUUGGAUAAGGUCGAUAUCCUUCCAAACAUGUCUACAACAACAAACGAACUAAAAUGCGAAGUUGUCAACGACGUCGUCACUAUUGGAAAAACAUCAAUUCCUUUGUACAAAACUGACUCUUUAACGAAAGUUCCCAACAUAUUGUUCUACGACGUUCCGCAGCAUAUACACUUGAUGGAACGACUUCUUCAAGAUUUCCAGUUGGGUCAACAUUUAUUGUUGGUUGGUAAUCAAGGAGUAGGCAAAAACAAAAUCGUGGAUAGAUUCUUGCAACUUCUUAACAGACCUAGAGAAUACAUCCAGCUGCAUCGCGAUACAACUGUACAAACUUUAACCAUACAACCGACUGUUAAGGACGGGCUUUUGGUUUACGAAGAUUCCCCGCUUGUUAAAGCAAUCAAAUUCGGACACGUUCUUGUCAUCGAUGAAGCGGAUAAAGCACCGACUCAUGUAACAUGCAUAUUGAAAACACUUGUUGAAACAGGCGAAAUGAUCUUAAGCGAUGGAAGGCGCAUAGUGAAAACUGGACAUGACGGUCCAAACUGCAUCCCAACACAUCCUGAUUUCAGGAUUAUUGUAUUAGCAAAUCGACCCGGAUUCCCGUUCUUAGGUAACGAUUUCUUCGGAGCGCUCGGGGAUUUGUUCAGUAGCCAUGCAGUCGAUAAUCCAUCAGCUUUGUCUGAAGUGGAUUUGCUGCAACAGUAUGGACCGAACGUACCUCAAGCAACAAUUAGGAAAUUGGUGGAUGUGUUUGGGGAACUUAGGACUAUGGCGGAUCAAGGUUUAGUUAAUUAUCCGUAUUCCACGAGGGAAGUAGUGAAUAUCGUCAAACAUUUACAGCAAUUCCCCAAAGCGGAUUUGGAAGACGUUCUCUUCAACGUCUUCGAUUUCGAUCGCUACAGUCCGGAGAUGGUCGAAACCGUAGGUCAAGUCUUAACUAGAUUCGGCUUUCCGAAUUCCAACGUUUUUACCACUGAAUACAUCAAAGCAAAGCAAGCUAAAGAACACAUCCAGGUGACUAAGAGUAGACACAGUGGAUUAGAUAAUAAAGCUCCUAAACACGGUAAAGAAGAUCCGAAGAACGAGCCGCACGUAGGUGGAAACACUUGGGCUGGAGGAACCGGAGGAAGAGACACAGCAGGUUUAGGUGGUAAAGGAGGUCCUUAUAGAUUAGAUAAAGGCCACGACGUUCACCAAUUAUCAGAUGAAGAGAAGGCCGCAGUGCCUGAACACAUCCAACGAGCGGCUAGGGAAAUGGGCAAGCAAGCAUUCGAAGCUAAAUUGAAGGAAAUUGGAAUGAGCGGGUACGACGCGUCGUUAUACAACCAAUUUUCCAAAUCGGUCUCGAAGCAAGUGCAAUCAUUAAGGGUCGUUUUGAGCACUUUGCAAGCCAAAAAUAAGGAGAGACAUUGGAAUAGGCAUCAAACAUCCGGAGAAUUGGAUGAUGUUAAAUUAAUUGAUGGAAUAUUGGGUGAGAAGACUAUUUAUAGAAGGAGAUCAGAACAAGAACCUGAAUUGGGAACACCACAAAUAAAACCUAAAAUGUUCCGUUUAGUAGUGGAUGUAUCAGGUAGUAUGUACAGAUUUAACUCAUACGAUGGACGAUUGGAGAGAGAGUUGGAAGCAGUCGUUUUGGUAAUGGAAGCCUUUGAAGGUUUUGAAGACAAAAUAACGUACGAUAUUAUCGGACAUUCGGGAGAAACCGAUCGAAUUGAGUUCGUGAAAAAGGGUGAACCUCCAAAGAACAACAUGGAACGAUUGAACAUCGUCAGAGUAAUGCAUGCACAUUCUCAAUACUGUUGGUCUGGUGAUCAUACUUUAGAAGCUACAGAGCACGCAGUCAAUUCACUUUCUUGCGCCGAUAACGAUGAAUCCAUUGUCGUGGUUUUGUCUGACGCAAAUUUAGCUCGUUAUGGUAUAUCUCCAGCUAAAUUAGGGAAAGCUUUAACCGCACAACCAGAUGUUAGUGCAUACGCUGUGUUCAUUGGGGGCUUGGGUGAUCAAGCCGAAAGAUUGACGCAAUUUCUACCUGCUGGAAGGGCAUUUGUUUGUACAGAUUUGAGCAAACUGCCGCAAAUUCUGAAGCAAAUCUUUUCAUCCUCUUUAGUCACCCCAUCCAGCUGAUGUUCGAUGUGAUUUAGCUAAUUUUCAAUUUUAGUUCAAUUAUUAUUUGAAAAAGUAAAUAAAUAUUUUUAUAUAUCGUAUUCACGACAAAAUAAUGCAAUGUUUUAAAAUCGAUCUUCAAUUCGUAUUUUUCUAUUUUUUAAACAAUAUUAAUUUAUUUCAAUAUAAACUU